AAGGGUCUCCAUUUUAUUCUUGGAGAGAGAGCUUGACAUCAACACAAUAUCAACUUCCCCGACGAUAUCCCGCUCCGAACGCUCGUCCACGAAAGAGCGCCCCCUGCCGACGCGAACGAAUCUCUCUGAGUUCGAAUCACUGCUGAAAGAAACACAUCAAGCCCCACGACACACAUAUCCAUCAUGAUUGCGCAGCGGGUGGGCGUGUCGGCCCUGCGCCGAGCGGCAGGAAAGCCCUCCGUCUUCUUCAACUCUCAGAUCCCCAAGAUCGUCGCCGCGUCGCACAUGUCGACGACUCAGAUCCGCCCCGUCGCAACCACCAAGCUCAACCCCGACGACGGCCUCGAGCUCCUCGCCAAGCAGCGCCUCAACCGUCCCGUCUCCCCGCACUUGUCCAUCUACAAGAUGGAACAGACGUGGUUCGGUGCCUCCAUCUGGACCCGUAUCACCGGCGGUGGCCUGUCCGCUGCCUUUUACGUCUACUUCGGCACCUACCUCGUCGCGCCCCUGCUCGGCUGGCACGUCGAGAGCCAGUCGCUCGUCGCCGCCUUCGGCGCUCUGCCCCUCGCCGCAAAGGGCGGCCUCAAGUUCCUCGUCGCCUGGCCCUUCACCUUCCACUUCUUCAACGGCAUUCGCCACCUGACCUACGACCUCGUCAAGGGCUUCAGCAAGCCCGAUAUCGUCCGGUGGGGCUGGAUCAUCUGGUCCACCUCGCUGGUCUCCGCCGCCGGCCUGGCCUUUGCGUGGUAGACGGAGCGAGACACGGGGAAGAGCCUAGACGGGAGGUGACGCAAGGCUCGAACUACAGGAGUCUUGUCUGCGAAGUUGGUAAUGGGGGUGAUGUGGUGAGGUAGAAAUUGGGGGAGGCUGGGGGAGUUCUGAUUGGUUGGCGCCUGGGACGGCUGGGCGUACGGCCUCUUCCCUUAUGCUUAAGGCGAGGGGAAUUGUAUAGAGUGAAAAUUGUAAAAUGAAUUCCCUUGAGUAACAAGCACGUUAAUCAAUUGUUCAACUAUGGCG